AUGUCCACCGUAGCUCGGCUCGUUGUCUUGUACGGGAAUGGAGGCCUGUCGGACGUUGGUCGCCAUGCGGUCCAGGCCGCAUUGGAAAGGGACGAUGUUGCCCACGUUCAAGUAUUGACCGAACACCCCGAGCUCUUGAACGAGCCAAACUGGGCCUGCGGUUGCUCUUCGGCGCAUUCGUUUUCCGCUGAAGACAAGAAAAGGUUCACUGUUGCCAAAGUGAAUUCGUGGAAUGCCGAUGAACUGUCGAAGUACUUUAAAGAUGCAACGGCGGUUGUAUCCUGCCUUGGCAACCGACAACCAUUUGUGGGUCAUUGGGUUGCGUUUGAAGGUAACAAUGCAGUUGUCCAUGCUAUGAAGGAGGAAAAGGUGGCACGUGCCGUUGUAUUAUCUUCGGUUGGCGUGGAGGAAGACUGGCCUCCGUUGGAGUUCCAUUUCGCAGGCAAAGUUUUGGCUUUUUUAUUUCUUACCUUUGCGAGAUCCUCAUUUCGAGAUUUGACAAAAAUGGAACAAAUCUACAAGGGCUCCGACUUGGAUUACCUAUUUGUUCGUCCAGUCGGUAUUGGGGAGGAAGUGGUCCCUAUCGGAUCCUGGUGCGUACAAAAAGAAAAAUACAAGGACUCUGUGGGAUUAAAUAUGGCAAAGCUUGACGUAGCUCGUUUCAUGAUAGAAGAAGCCCUCCAUCCAACGAGACACAGGACCGCUUUGGUGGUUGGAGGCAAACUUGAAGGUGCAGGGUGGUAG